AUGAUGGAGAGCGCGCGCGCUCACGAGCAAGAAGAAGCAGAAGAAGAAAUAGCCGGCAGCCGUUCGGCAGGCCUCGCCGCUGUACCUUGCAAAGGACCCUGGCGUACCGCGAGCAGCAACGAAGCGAAGACGAAGAGUGUGGACCCAUCCAUGUCCGAAGGCGACGAGACGCUGUGGACUGCGCUCGACUCGACUCCUCCGUUGGAACUCCCGAAGCGCCCCGCGAGUCCCCCCUCGGCCCACGUGGAAAGCGCCUUCCGGUUCUCACGGCUCUCCCGGUCCCGUCGUUCCAGCGAACAUUCUCGCCGCAUCUCCUCCCUGCUCUACCAGAGCCGGAAGCACUCCUCCUGCAUCUUCUUCUACGGCGCCGUGCUGCUCUCGCUGGUGGUGCUCGCCAGCUUCGUGGUGUUGUUCUUCCUGCGCGACAUCAAGGCAGCCAUCGUGGCGCGACGCGCCGUCGACGUGUGCGGCACCGACGACUGCAUGAUGCACGCCAGCGAACUGCGCGCCCGCAUGAACACCGCGGCCGAUCCGUGCCACAGCCUGCACGCCUUCGUCUGCGGCGGCGCCCCCAGGGCCACGCAGCGCAGCGAGGAGAGGCGGUCGGCGCGCAUCUACGGCGAGGUCAUGGCCUACGACUCGCAGAAGUACCGCACGGCCGGCAACUGCAGCCACCAAGAGUCGCACGCCGAUGUGAAGGCCCUGUCCGCGUACACGACGUGCCUGGAGAGAACUUCCCAGCCGUCUUCCGAGACCGAGGUGCAAGCGAUCCAUUUCACGGACUUCAUGAAGGCACGACGAAUACCGUGGCCCAACGAUCCGCCGGAGAACGUCGACCUCCUGGACGUCCUGCUAGAUCUGGUGCUCAACUGGCGGGUCGCCCUGCUCUUCGACUUGAGAAGAAGCACGAGGAAGUUCCACACAGCCAGUUUCGUGUUCCAGGAGCCCGGACCGUUGAUCGAACUGCGAAGACAGCAGGUUGCUCACGUGUACGAGGUCGAGAAAAACACCGAGCAUCUGGUUUUAACUGCCGCCAUGUUCCUCGGCAGCAGCGGAGAGGACAUGUCUAAAGAAAAGAUCGACGCCCUGCGUCGCGACGAAAUGACGCUCGCGUCGAACCUGGCCGCAUGCAGCGACGAACGAGGCAACGACGUUCUCGUCACACUGAAACAUAUCGAGGAGUUGGCUCCCAACGCCAACUCUACGUCUUGGCUGACGCUCCUCAAACGUCACCUGCACGACAAGUCGUUGACGUCGGAAACGAAGGUAUUCGUGUACGAUGAGCAGCGCCUGAAGGCGUUGUCGGAAGCUCUCACCUUGCUUCCUGCGGCGAGAAGUCUCAACGUGAUCGGGUGGAUGUUUGCCUACACGUACAUGUGGGUGGUAAACCCUGCCUUCGAUCAGCUUCAGCCAAGCGAUGACAACGAAUCCGACUACUCGCUCAACAAGACACUCUGCUUUCUCGCCGUCCACGAAUCGUUCGGCCUGCUGCAGAUACUGCACAAUUUCGUCAAGCGCUUCGAGCACGGCGACAUCCAGAUGACCUCGAAAGUGCUGCAGAAUACCGUCGACACGUUCGCGCGGCUCGUCCAGAAAUCGGACACUAUCACCGAAACGACAAAGGCGACAGCGGUGGAGAAGAUCUCGAGCGUGUGCCAAGAACGGUGCACUGUGAGGGUGUCCAACAGGCGUCUUUUGGACUGGCUCUACAGGAGCUUUCCCAACAGUUCUUCGAGCUUCUUCGACACCUGGCUCAGCACCCGAAAGGCUCUCGUCACCCUGCUCAAGUCGGGCGAUCCCCACCCAGUGAUGACGGCGCGUUUCGCUUGGCGCAACCGAAACAUCCACUACCUGCAUACCAUCAACUUCCAGCAGGUCAGGAUGUUCGCCUUCUACCCACCCUCGUUCUACAUCCACGGCUCGCCCUCCAUGUCGUACAGCGGACUGGGUUUCCAAAUGGCCAGCAGCAUCGUCAAGGCUAUCGUAGGCCACGGUCGAGGCAUUGACGAGAACCUCUCCAAGCGCUUCUGGUGGUCCUCUCUCAAGAGCUGCCGCUGGGACGAAUCGAGCUCGCCGCACGAGAAGCGCUUCAUUGAGGAACUGUUCGCCCUCAAGCUCGCCGUUAAAGCCCUGGAAAGUGCGGUCGGCAGUGACAAGGCGUUCUUACAGCUGCGGUCCUUGGAGACGCUGACGGGAAGGCAGACCUUCUACGUCAGCUACUGCAGCCGGUUCUGUUAUCGCGUCGACGGCGAAAACUGGUGCAACCUCGCCAUGCACGAGGAAGGUUACAUCCGGGCCUUUGGCUGCCAUUCCGCGUGGGCGAGAUACAGUACAGUUGAACCAGAGUGUCUUGUGGUGUAG